CUCCGCUUGAUUUAAUGUUGUAUGACAAGAUCCAAAGUUCGCCAUCACCGAUUUCUAAGUGGUCUCGUGCAUAUCUCUUCGGCCGAUCUCCAGAAGUCAGUGAUGUCAUGCUGUAGAAGGUACAGAACCGACCAUCGCGACUGUAGUUCCACUGAUUCCACCAAUCGCUGAUGCUUCGUAAUGCUCCGCGGCUACAGAGGAGAUGUCUUUCUACCAUGCGCUACUAAACGAUUCUGAUAUUGACAGUCAUUGAUGCUCCAAUUCUAAACCACCGCUCGUUUCUCGUAUUCCUCAUUUCUCAAUCAUGGACGAACAGGUCGAACGCCUGGUUUCCAAAGUCAGGGCCAAACUCGAAACUCUCCCCGAAUCCCGCCGCCUCCUCAUCGCCGUCUCCGGCAUCCCCGGCUCCGGCAAAACCACCCUCGCCUCCCGCGUCUCAUCCAACCUCAAUGCCAUCCAUCGCGCCUCCGCCCCGGGCCUCGCCGACUUCCCCCCCGCCGGCUUCAUCCCCAUGGACGGCUACCACCUCACCCGCGCCCAGCUCUCCGAGAUGCCCGAUCCCGCUGCCGCACACGCCCGUCGCGGCGCCGCGUUCACGUUCGACGGGAUGAGCUUCCUGGACCUCGUGCGGCGGCUCCGCGAACCGAUCUGUCCUGAGACGACGACGCUGUAUGCGCCGGGAUUCGACCAUGCGGUGAAGGAUCCGGUGGCAGACGAGAUUCCGAUACCGAAGCAUAUGCGGGUGAUUUUGUUUGAGGGGAAUUAUUUGAGUUUGGCGAGGGUGCCGUGGAAGGAAGCGGCGGGGAUGAUGGAUGAGCUGUGGUUUGUGGAGGUGGAUUUUGAGGUGGCGAGGCGGCGGCUGGUAGCGAGGCAUUUGAAGGCGGGGAUUGCGAAGGAUGAGGAGGAGGCGAAUCGGCGGGCGACGGAUAAUGAUUUGGUCAAUGGAAAGGAGAUUGUCGAGAAUCGACUGGAGGUUCAGGAGAUGAUCGUGAGCAACGAGGACGAUUUGUGGAAACCUGAAGCGCAGGGUGUAUAG